GGCCCAGACCAACAAGCCAGUAACCACUUGAGCACCGUAGCACUUUCCUCGCGACUAUGACGUACUGUAACCUAGAUUUUCACGUCACCACCCCAAUGUGAACCAAGAUUUAGACACCCAGCGCAGAUCAAAGCCAGUCGACGCUACCUACAGCUACCCGCCCAGCCAACAAAUUAUUGAUCAACUAUCAGAGCUCCCUUUCAUGUCACACAGACCUAUAAACACCAAAACCCCCUCUUCUUCGUGCCAUUGUUGAAGAAAUCUUUUCUUCUGCAUCCAUCCUCGUCGCGACUCGAUCAGACCGCGCGCCAAUAUCAUAUACCCAAGUAUUUUCUUUGUGAUACCCCCGUCGACCUGAACGUUGACUAAUUUUCGAUUCCCUACUCAUCCCUACUCAACCCACAUUGCCUGCUCUCGCAAUUAGCAUAACAACCAGAGAUACCCCCAUUAACCGCAGGCAUGGCUUCAGUCAAUAAACCAACCGACGUGAAGGUGAAGGAGGCAGAUGUCAACCGUAAGCUUCAGGUCUACGGUAUCAUCAACGCAUUUCAGAACGGCAAGGUCCCAUCGAAUGACCAGAUCGACGUCGCUCUGAACAGCUUCCUCGCCUCCAAGGCCAUCUCAUCGCCUUCUCCCAAACUUUCAGCCGAAGGCCAAUCCCUCAUUGUCGACUUCAAGAACGUGGUGAAGCAAGCUCAAAUUCUCCUUCUUUCCAAAAACGAGGGAAACCUCUUGCAGGACUUUAUCUGGCAAACGUCGCAAUUCGACGCGAAGAGUGUCAACACACCCGAUGUCCCGCUCGCCAAAGAGACAGUGAAACAACAUGGCGACAAGGCACGGGAGGGUCUGCGGACUUUAGGCACGUUGCUUAUUACCAACGGCCAGUUCCGAAAGCUGCUUAAUGACGCUACUAUCCUUCUCCGUGACAUGGCUGGUGAUGCUGCUGCCAACGCUGCCACCCGUGUAAAGCCAUCCGAGGAAAAACUUGCACAGAUUGACAAGCCCGCUGAUGACAACACGUGGCACGAUGCCCCCGAUCUUUCCAAAGCCACUCUUAAGUCGCAGUUGCAGAAUGUUUACAAAGGCGAUGUGAAGAAGGACGCCGAGGCUGUUGCCGAUGCCAGUAUCAACGCUGCCCAGUCGAACGCGUCGGCCGUGGAUGCCCAAGCUGGUGUUGAGACAGCGCAGAACAGUGCUACCCAGCAAGUCAAGCAGAAUGUCCCGAAUGACGUCCAGGAGCAGACCAAGGAAAUGAAGGACUCUGCCAAGAAAAGGGCAGCUGAAUACCGGGCUCGUACAAAGGAAUACCUUGCCCAGAAGAUGCCCCAGGAGCGCCGCGAACAGACCAUCUGGCGUCUGAAGAAAAUGGUCCUCGAAUGCCAGCAGCACCCGGACUACCAGCAGGCAAUAGCUACUUUACUAGACCUUGCGGAGCUGUAUGGUGGCCACGGCAAAGAGCUUACUUCCGGUGGUACUGGUACCGUGAAGGAAGCGAGAUUGGCGUUGGGUCAGGCCGAGGCCGAUCUUAAGACUCUGAUUGAGAGAUUCGCCAACGGUACAUCUAGUGAUGAUCUCUGGUCAUCCAUCAACACAAUUUACGCGGACGCCGAUAGGGAUCCGGAGCUUAAGAACUGGUUCAAGUCGAUGAACACAUACAUUCGCCGAUGCCUUCAGGAGCAGGGUUACAUCAUGGAAUCUGCGUCUACGCAGGAGUGGAACAAAUUGUAUGAUCACGGAAAUUAUCUAUUGCGUGACAGGUACAAAAACCACACCGAUCAUAUUCUUGAUGAGCUCAAGUUCCUGGCCACUCAAUUCGACGAAGACUUGGCAAACAAAGCUUUGACUCAAUCGCUGCAGAAGCUGUUCAAUGACCUGGGCAACGAUGCCAGUGGGAAGCCCACCUUCAAGCCACAUUUGGUGAAGGAUCUUACCGACAUCAUCUUGCCGGCGGCGUUCGAGAAUGUUGCCUACAUCCCCAUUCCUCGCAUUGAGUAUUCGGAUCCCCAAAUUGAUGCUGUGGUUGAAAACCUGGUGUUGGAAAGCGACAACUUCAUGCCCAAUGUGUUAGAGCUCACCAGUGAUCACUACUGGCGCUGGGGACGUAAGAAGAUCACUGGCAAGAACAAUAACGCUAUCGAUGUGAAGGUCAGUGGGAUACAGAUGGAUUUACGCGACGUGAGUUUCUACGUCAAGCGUAAGCAAGGUUUCCCAUCCAUUACCGAUACUGGUGUUGCCAACAUCUUUAUGGGUGGUGAAGGCUUCUCUUUCCGCAUGAAGCUUUCCACCGCUGAUGAGAACGACAAGCAACACUUCCUGAAGGUUGACAAGGUGGAUGUUGAUGUGAAACACCUCAAGAUCAAAUUGGUUAAGUCCAACCACAAGGCACUCUUUGGUAUUUUCAAACCCAUCAUGCUUAAGGUGCUCCGCCCUGCCAUCCAGAAAGUGGCCGAGAAGCAGCUUAAGGAACAGUUCGCCCAGUUCGACGAGCUCAUGUACCAGGUCAAGCUGGAAGCAGACCGAGCGCUUGAGGAGGCUCAACAGAAUCCUGAGAAUGCGCCCAACAUUUAUAAACGCUACGUCACUGCGCUCCAGAAGCGAAUGUUGCAAGGCAAGGAGAAGGCUGAGGCUGUCGUUGCGGACAAGAAGAUCAACUAUGCCAUGACUCAAAACGACAGCAUCUUUCCCAACAUCAAACUCCCGGGUGGAAUUAGCUCUAAAGCUACGGAGUAUAAAGAACUCGCGAGUAAGGGCGAGAAGUGGGAAAGUCCCGUUUUUUCGAUUGGCAACGCUGCGAAGAGCACUGAUAUUCCUCGUGCCCCAACCAUUACUCACAAGUCACGUACCACGAGUGAUCCGGUUAUCAAUGAUAACACGGCCAACGGAACCCAGUUCACUAAGCCAUUGAAUGGAAGUGUUUCCCCGAACGGCAACACUAUCACAAUUUAGGAGAGUCAUCCUACGGGGAAUAUAAGUGGGUUUGAUUGUCCAGACUAUGAGCACAAUGGCGGAGAGUAAAUUGGAUUGAUCGGAGAGUAAACACGACGGUUAUACCCAGGACGGCGACGGCCUAUUUGGCGACAGUGAAAGCACACCGAAAACGUUUUAUACCAGUUGCUUUUGAAAAUUCCCUUUGCCUACCUUUAGCUCUAUGUAGCAUCCCUCGCGUAAUACAUUGCAUAUUAUACCAUGUUCGCAAGAAAAACCACCUGACAUUUGAUUGAUAUUUUGCAUGGCGUGGCAUCUUCAUCAUUGUUGUAGUCGAAUAUCAGUGAGAAAAACCACCUGACAUUUGAUUGAUAUUUUGCAUGGCGUGGCAUCUUCAUCAUUGUUGUAGUCGAAUAUCAGUGAGAAAAACCACCUGACAUUUGAU